CGCUUAUGAAACAAAUGGCGUGAAAUGGUCCAUCUCAAGUGAAAUUCGCGCAAAACCUACAUCAGAUCAACCAGUCUGCCCGCUGCCAAUUUCCCUUACCCGAUGAAACACGGGGGGGCUCAUGGGCUCACUUGGCCAGAGCAGAGCUGACAGAAGAGCACACACCACACCAACCACAAGUGCCAACCCCUUGUACGGUAGGUCUCAGUAUAAGGUGCAGAUUUCUUUUUCCCUCUUCAGCUGCUACUUAAUAAGUCACUCGCUACACAUUUCUCACGGUCUUUGGUCUUUCAUUCUCAGGUGGGCUGAUAUAAGAACAUAUCGUCACUCGUUUGGACACCUACGGACUACCACUGCUACUGUCGCAUCGCUUGCUAACAGGAAAUACGCAUCCACCACCACUAUAUAUCGAUCCAACUCGAACUGUGAAGAGACCAUCAAGAACAAUUAAAUACACAAAUCCAAAAGCAACCAGAGCUGUUAAUCGCCAAUCCAUCAAAAUGCAUUCAGCUAUCGUCAUCGCCGCAGCAGGCCUAGCCAGCCUCGCUCAAGCAUACACCACACCGGGCGCUCAGACUUGGGGUCCUCUCCUCACACCAGACACUUCCGACCCAGUCACUCAAGGCCAAACCGCUCUCGUGACCUGGGAUCCCGAAAGCCACCCAACAGACGGCGUGACAGUCAGCCUAGUUCUCUGCCACGGUCCAUCAACAAACUGCGUCGACGCCUCCACAGCCAUCGCCUCCGGCAUCCCAGCAGCCCAGAAAUCCUACUCGUGGGACGUCCCCUGCGACUUGGCCGCCGGCACCCAAAACACCGACACAGGAUACGGCAUGCUGAUCAUCGUCGACGGCACAGGCGAGUAUCAAUUCUCCACUCAAUUCUCCGUUCUCGCCAAUUCAAGCUGCGGAAGCGGCUCUUCUUCAUCAUCCAGCAGCGCUUCAUCCUCAUCUAGCAGCGCCAGCGCCAGCGUCGUCACAUCCAGUGCAUCCACAACCACCAGCUCCGCCUCCAGCACAUCAUCAGGCAGCUUGUGGGGUUCAACAACCAAAAACCACUCGCUAUCAUCCACCAGCACAAGCAGCUCGGGUAGCGCUAGCGAGACCACUACCACCUCCGCCGCUUCUGGCUCCAGCGCAGCAUCGACCGAGACCGCCGCAAGUAGCACAGUCGUUGUCUCCGGCACGUCGACAUACACUGUCGUGGCUAGCGGCACCACGACUUUCGCCAGCGCAACACAGGCUUCGACUACGUCGAGCGCACCUGCUUCGACUUUCACUGGUGGUGCAGCUCCACAGGCCGGUCUCAGUGGCGCAGGUCUGAUCAUUGCCGGUGCAUUCGCCGUUCUCGCCAUGUAGAGAGUGUCUCUCUGUUUUCAUUUCCUUGUCAGUGCAUCACGAGCGGCGCAUUUUCUGGUGUACUUUGUAAAGCAUAGCGGGUUCAAAAAUUCACAUGUUAUAUACGGAGUGCUUCAUACUUAUAGAGGUCGAAUCCUGCUGGCACUGGUUGUCGAGCGCAUACGGUGGUCAAAAAUCAUAUA